CUGGGCUUUACGCUAAUAUCAAGCAAAGAUUCAACCAGCUAGAUUAUCUGGCCACACGCCUGUUCGGGUCCUAGAACGAGAUCGGAGUCGAACGGAGGGUGACAGAGAGAAAACAGAGGGGACCACAGUCCAGCAAAGAGCAGUUUGAGGAGCCAGGGGAUUCGUUUGGGAUUUUUGUGGACUAGAAGCAAGACAAGAAGCAAGCCAUGCCGCGGUCGUUUCUCGUGAAAAGCAAGAAGGCGCAUAGCUACCAUCAGCCGCGCACGUUUGAGGAUGACUACAGUAGUAGACUGGAUACAAUUUUAGCCCACAUAUGUGCAGCAGAGAGCAAAAUUCCGGAAGAGUCCGACUGCUGUGCAGAGGUGCUGUCUGGGGACACUACAAGGGACUUCUCCCCGGAAUCUCAUUUGGUGGACACAGCAGACCGCUCAUCCAAGUCCCCACUGAGCUGUGGAGGAAGUGUGUGUGGUCGCUCCUCAGACUAUGAGGACUACUGGCGACCUCCGUCUCCCUCAGCAUCACCCGAUUCGGACAAGUCUUUCUCACCUUCAGUCGACGAGACACAGCCAUUCGAAGUGCCCUUUCGGCCAUAUGCUUGGAACAAUUACACGGGUUCUGAAAUCCGGCACCUGGUCCAGACAUACCACCACCCACUAGAACUUGAGCGCGGAACAUCACUCCCUUAUUAUGGAGACUCUUCACUUUUUCCUGAACGGGGGUCCGGUGCUGGGGGUUACGGCACUUACAGUUCUGCUGCCGGACUUUUCGACAGGGCCACUGCCACUGGGUUGUACGCAGAUAGCAACCUUCAUGGCAAAGUUCCGGACAUAAAAGCUGAGGCUGACAUCCUUUGUAAUCGUCUAAUACUAAACGGGGCCUUCAAGUGCAUCAAAUGUAGCAAGGUUUUCUCUACGCCUCAUGGAUUAGAAGUCCACGUGAGGAGAUCACACAGUGGGACCAGACCCUUUGCUUGUGAGAUUUGCGGGAAAACAUUUGGGCAUGCCGUCAGCCUGGAACAACACAAAGCUGUUCACUCACAGGAAAGGAGCUUCGAUUGCAAGAUCUGCGGCAAAAGUUUUAAGAGAUCUUCAACUCUGUCGACUCAUCUCCUGAUUCAUUCGGACACUCGACCAUACCCAUGUCAGUACUGUGGGAAAAGGUUCCACCAGAAGUCAGACAUGAAAAAACACACAUUUAUUCACACAGGUGAAAAGCCACACAAAUGCCAAGUGUGUGGAAAGGCAUUCAGUCAGAGUUCCAACCUCAUCACCCACAGUCGUAAACACACCGGCUUCAAGCCGUUCGGGUGCGACAUGUGCGGGAAGGGGUUUCAGCGAAAGGUCGAUUUGAGGAGGCACAAGGAAACGCAGCAUGGACUGAAAUGAUCGAAUAAGUGAUUAGUCUGAAAAAAAUAUAUCCAGCAUAUACGGCCAUCUGAAACACUAGAGAAAAGUAAUAAGAGAUUUUUUUAUGGGUCUCAGCUGCAGGCUGUGCCUAAAUUCUAUGGCUUAUUCGGUCAAAGAGUAUUUUUGCCCAUCAUUUGUGAAUGUAACACUGGACUCUAUGGCUGAGCUAAUGUAGGCUAAAUGAGUUGUUUUCGUUCCUGAGGACGUCUUACCAAACCCAAAUAUUAUGACCAAAAUAAUGACAAGACAGAUAUCAUUCCAAAAGAUCAACUGUGUGAGAAAUCUGCGCCUCUCAAAAGAAUGUCACUUUGUUUGUAAGUUAAACAUGCUGGCAAAGCAAAGCAAAGCAGAGCAUUGUAAACAAGUAAAGUGAUUUCACAAAUGUGAGGGAUUUUUCUUAGAGCCUAGAGUAUGCUUGUGCGCAGAGAAAACACCCAGUUUAUCAUUUAAUUUAUUUCCCCCUCUUUAUGAUUUAGUGAUAGACUGUUCUAUCCUUGUUUUUGUUUUUUUAUCAGAUUUGCACAAACAUAAUUUAUAUGAACGAGAUCUGUGCAUCUUGUUUGAUUGCAGUAAGUUCAAAUGUUGUAUACAGUGUUUGUUCUUAAAUUAUUUAUUGAUAUUAAAUAAAUAUUGUUAGGUAUUUGUGAA